ACUUGAAAAUUAAUGAAGUUACAUGGGGAAAGCAAUGGAGAGUUUGACUACGAGUUGUUAGUCGGCCCAUUGGGCCCGACAGGAGCAAGACCAGCAAGUAGCGGAGUAGUCCACGUAAGGCCUACACGAGCCCAAUUAUGGCACAUGUGCGGUGCGGCCGACGUGGCUCAACCUCAAUCCCGCCGCGGCGGUGGCGCCACCGCACAUGCCCUGCCCGCCCGCCACUUUCCUCUCAGCCCCACCACCUGCUCGACGUUUUGACUCUACCACGUUGUUUCGUGCCUUCUGUCGCUGUUUUGUCUCGUCUUUGUCUUCUAGCGGAGAUUAAUAUAAAACUGUGGCUUGCAGCUGAGAGGGCCCAUCGGGGUGAGAGAGAAACGUGGUGGUGAUUGGUUGUUCAUGGCAACCUUAGCCUCCUUUCUCUCCUGUUCUCCUCCCUCCCUUUCCUUGCGCUGCCGUGUUCCGCCGUCUUCCGUGUCUUUUCUAGGUUUUAGCCACGCCACAAAAUUUGGCAAUCUCCGACGUAUAGGAAUCCAGGUUUUUGCUUCUUCAGCUUCUUCGUCAUCGUCUGAUUGGGUAUACGCCGGCGACGAAAAUUCGGGUUCAAAGAAAUCAGCCCUUUUUAAUUUAAUACGAGACAUCGAGCCCUUGGAUGUGAGCCUUAUUCAGAAGGAUGUUUCAAAUACCACUAUAGAUGCUAUGAAGAGGACGAUAUCAGGCAUGUUGGGUUUACUGCCUUCUGACCAAUUUCAAGUGAUGAUUGAUGCUUUGUGGGAAUCUCUAUCCAAGCUGUUGAUAUCUUCAAUGAUGACAGGGUACACUCUGAGAAAUGCUGAAUAUAUGCUCAGUCUUGAGAGGAAUCUUGAGAUAUAUGAAGGAAAUAGCUAUAACUUGAAAAAUGAAGAUUCACAACUUGAAGCUGAGGAGGAGCAUCUGAACGAAGAGGGGAAGUAUGGAAACUUCACCCAAGAGAGAUCAUCUUCAUCUGAUGGGUUUGAAGAGUCAACAGGUAACAUACCAGGUUUUGGUGAAAUGACUCCUGAAGCUCGAAGAUACAUUUUAAUGUUGCAUUCCCAUUUGUCUUCAGUAAAAAAGGAGCUCCAUGAAGUUAAGAGGAAAAGUGCAGCUCUUCAGAUGCAGCAGUUUGUUGGGGAAGAAAAAAAUGAUUUGUUAGAUUAUUUAAGAUCAUUGCAACCUGAGAAGGUAGCAGAGCUAUCAGAACCAACAUCGCCAGAAUUGAAAGAUACGAUGCAUUCAGUAGUACAUGGUUUGUUGGCUACACUUUCUCCAAAGAUGCACUCAAAAGGCCCUGAUCUGGGUAACAACAGCAGUAUAGGAACCAUAGAUAGUGAAAUUGAAGGAGAUCGCAUAGACCUUGUCGAGAACACCUCUCUUCAGUUCCAGCCUCUUAUCUCAUUACCGCGUGAUUACCUAGCUCGUUUAUUGUUCUGGUGCAUGUUGCUGGGACAUUACCUCAGGGGCUUAGAAUACCGCCUUCAACUUAUGGAGCUCCUUUCAUUACCAACUCACACUUCCAGUGCCCAACACUUUGCUUAAAGAUAUCUUUCACUAUUUUCUUCAUGUUUCUCUCUACAUAUCAUUUAUGCGACUCAUCUUCUGUAUCUAAACCUUCACUGGAUUCAACAUCUCAACUCUCAAGCGAUGAAACUAAUAAUAAUAAUAAUAAUUUCAAAAGUCA